AUGAAAACCUGUUAUUACGAACUCCUAGAAGUCUCCACUACGGCAACCGAUGCGGAGCUCAAAAAGGCAUAUCGCCGCAAAGCGCUCCAGCUCCACCCUGAUAAAAACCCCGACGAGGUAGAAUGGGCGACGAACCAGUUCGCGCUGGUACGCGCGGCGUACGAGGUUCUUUCGGACGCGCAGGAGCGCGCGUGGUACGACUCGCACAAGUCGCUGAUUCUCCGGGAAGACGACGAUUAUGGAAACACCUCUGACCCGGAGUGCGAGCCCGCGGUGGUGGGCACAUCCGCGGAGGAAAUCAUGCGCUAUUUCGACCCCUCGUAUUUUGCACAGGUAAACGACACCGUGAACGGUAUGUACAGCGUGGCAGGGCAGCUCUUUGCAAAACUUGCCGCGGAGGAGGUGGCUGCGGGCAAGGCGCAGGGUAUGCCAGAGUUUGCAAACUUCCACGACGAUUCGCCGCAGGCACUGGCCGUUGCUGCGGAGAUGCUCUACCUCCCGGUGUUUGGCAACUCGCGCGCCAACUAUGCGUCCGAGACCCGCGUCUUUUACACGCAAUGGACCUCCUUCGCCUCUGUCAAGACCUUUGCAUGGAAGGAGUUGUAUCGCUACUCCAGUGCGCCGGACCGAAGAACCCGCCGUGCCAUGGAGCGCGAAAAUAAGCGGUUGAGGGAGGAGGCCAGAAAGGAGUACAACACGACGAUCCGGAGUUUCGUAAACUUUCUUAAGAAGCGCGAUCCCAGAGUCAAGGUUGGAGCAAAGGAGUUUGAGAUCCAGCAACGGAAAAAGAUCCAGGACGACUUAAAGCGCCAGGCGGAGAGAGACCGGGCGGCGAACGAGGAGAAGAUGCGAGAGUUUGAAGUGCAAAACUGGCAGGUUGAGGAUCGAGAUGAGAUGGCGGAGAUGGAGGCGGAGUUUGGGGAAGAUUGGGGGAAGAAAAAGGGGAAGAAGGGGAAGAAGGGGAGGGUUCUUGCGGGGGAUGCUGUGGAGGUGUUUGAGUGCAUUGUUUGUGACAAACUCUUCAAGUCGGAAAAUCAGUUCGCGGCGCACGAACGGUCAAAGAAGCACAAGAAGGCAGUGAGGCAAAUGACCUGGGAGAUGAUGCAAGAGGGCAUCGAAUUGGGGUUGUAA